CCCCCCCCAGGGCUGUACAGCAUGGCAGGAGCGACACCACCAGCGGGGCCAACCGGGUCCCGGACCGGUGGUCCGGGCACGGCCGACCAGCCCUACGCCUGCCGGGAAUGCGGGAAGGCCUUCAGGUGGUCAUCCCGCCUGGCCCACCACCAACGCAGCCACACGGGCGAACGGCCCUACAAGUGCCCCGAGUGCCCCAAGGCCUUCAAGGGCUCCUCCGCCCUCCUCUACCACCAGCGGGGCCACACGGGCGAGCGACCCUACGCCUGCCCCCAGUGCGGCAAGGCCUUCAAGCGUUCCUCCCUCCUCCAGACCCACCAGCGGGUUCACACGGGGCUGCGGGCUUUCGAGUGCGCCCAGUGCGGUCUCACCUUCAAGUGGGCAUCCCACUACCAGUACCACCUCCGACAACACACCGGCGAGCGGCCCUACCGCUGCCCCGCUUGCCCCAAGGCCUUCAAGAACUCUUCCAGCCUCCGCCGUCACCGUCACACCCACACCGGCGAGCGGCCCCACGCCUGCCCCGUCUGCGGCAAAGCCUUCGCCCAAGCCACCAACCUCCGGCAACACCAGCGGGUCCACACCGGCGAGCGGCCCUACGCCUGCUCCCAGUGUGGUAAGACCUUCACCCACUCUUCCAACCUCCUCCUCCACCGCCGCACCCACACCGGCACCCGGCCCCACGAGUGCCCGACCUGCGCCAAGGCCUUCGUCUCCGACGCCUGCUUGCAGAAACACCUCCAGAGCCACGCCGGCCACGCUGCCAUGCCGCCGCUCCUCCCGGCUCCCGCCGCAGCGCCGGAGACGCUCUGGAGGUGCUCCGCCUGCCCGCUGAGCUUCACCAGCGAGGAGGAGCUGCUGGGUCACCAAGGCAGCCACUCGGUGACAGCGGUGACCCCCCCGGCUGCAUCCCACCGCUGCCCCACCUGUGGGAAGACCUUCAAGAACAGCUCGGGGCUGGCCCGGCACCGGCACGGCCACGCUGCCGAGCGGCCCUUCAAGUGCGCCGUCUGCCCCAAGACCUUCACCCAACUGGCCGGGCUGCUGGGCCACCAACGCAGCCACCCCGCUGCUGUCCCACCUCGUCCCCCCCCCCGAGGUCCUCACCCCCCAGCAGUGCCCCAGCCUGCCCCGGAGCGCCCUUACCAAUGCACUGAGUGCGGCAAAGCCUUCAAGGGCUCCUCGGGGCUGCGUUACCACAUGCGGGACCACACGGGUGAGCGACCCUACGCCUGCCGCGAGUGCGGUAAGGCUUUCAAGCGUUCUUCCCUCCUCCAGAUCCACCAGCGGGUUCACACGGGGCUGCGGGCUUUCGAGUGCGCCCAGUGCGGUCUCACCUUCAAGUGGGCAUCCCACUACCAGUACCACCUCCGACAGCACACCGGCGAGCGGCCCUACCGCUGCCCCGACUGCCCCAAAGCCUUCAAGAACACCUCCUGCCUCCGCCGCCAUCGCCAGCUCCACACCGGCGAGCGGCCCCACGCCUGCCCCGUCUGCGGCAAAGCCUUCGCCCAAACCUCCAACCUCCGGCAACACCAGCGGGUCCACACCGGCGAGCGGCCCUACGCCUGCCCCCAGUGCGGCAAGACCUUCACCCACUCUUCCAACCUCCAGCUCCACCGCCGUACCCACUCCGCCGCCCGCCCCUACCGCUGCCCGCUCUGUCCCAAGGCCUUCGUCAUGGCUUCCUACCUCCAGCGUCACCUCCGCACCCACGCUCCCGGCCCCCGCGGGACCCCCCGCCGCCCCCCUCCGCCCCCUUCCGAAGCCCAGACCUUCCUGCUGGUGCAGACCCCGCAGGGCCUGCAGCUCAUCCCCAGCCCCCCGGCCCCCCCGCGGAAGCUCCUCCUGCUCCCCAGCCCCCCGGCCGAGCCCCCUGCUUUCACCCUCCUACCCGCCGAGGGUCCCCCGUCCCGGGCGGGGAAGGGUCCCCGGGCAUCGGGAUCCCCCACUGCCGGGCAGAGCAUCCUGUUGGUACCCGGCACGGGGCAGGCACUGCCCAGCGUCCAGCUCCAGGCGGUGGCGGGGACCCCGGCGGGGGCCAGCGUCAUCGUCCUGAGAGGUGGCGUUGGUGGUGUCCUCCCGCCGCGGGGACCGCAGGCCCCCGAGGUCACUGGCAUCCAGCUGCAGGCGGCCGAGGUGACCAACGUCCAGCUCCAAGCCCUGCCGCAACCCUUGGAGGUCACCAAUAUCCAGCUCCAAGCCGCCGAGGUGACAAAUGUCCAGCUCCAAGCCACGGAGGUGACAAGCGUCCAGCUCCAAGCCCUGCCGCAGCCCUUGGAUGUCGCCAACAUCCAGCUCCAAGCUGCCGAGAUGACGAAUGUCCAGCUCCAAGCCCUGCCGCAGCCCUCCAAGGUGGCCAACAUCCAGCUCCAAGCCAGUGAGGUGACCAACGUCCAGCUCCAAGCCCUGCCGCAGCCCUUGGACGUCACCAACAUCCAGCUCCAAGCUGCCGAGGUGACCAACGUCCAGCUGCAAGCCCUGCCGCAGCCCUUGGAUGUCACCAACAUCCAGCUCCAAGCCAGUGAGGUGACAAAUGUCCAGCUGCAAGCCCUGCCACAGCCCUCCAAGGUGGCCAACAUCCAGCUCCGUGCUCUGCCACAACCCUCAGACGUCACCAACAUCCAGCUCCAAGCUCUGCCACAAGCCUCGGACGUCACCAACAUCCAACUGCAGGCCGCAGAGGUGACCAACGUCCAGCUGCAAGCCCUGCCACAACCCUUGGAUGUCACCAACAUCCAGCUCCGAGCCCUGCCACAACCCUCUGAGGUCACCAACAUCCAGCUGCAGGCCACUGAGGUGACAAAUGUCCAGCUCCAAGCCCUGCCACAAUCCUCCAAGGUGACCAACAUCCAGCUGCAAGCCCUGCCACAACCCUUGGAUGUCACCAACAUCCAGCUGCAGGCCACCGAGGUGACAAAUGUCCAGCUCCAAGCCCUGCCACAGCCCUCUGAGAUCACCAACAUCCAGCUCCAAGCCCUGCCGCAGCCCUCAGAGCUGUCCGGCAUCCAUCUCCAGGCCACGGAGGUGACAGAUGUCCAUCUCCAGGCCACGGAGGUACCCAACGUCCAGCUGCAGACCACCAAGGUACCCGACAUCCAUCUCCAAGCCACAGAGGUGUCCAAUGUCCCUCUCCAAGCCGCUGAGGUCCCCAGUGUCCCUCUCCAAACCACGGAGGUCCCCAGUGUCCAUCUCGAGGCCACAGAGGUGCCUGACAUCCAUCUCCCGGCUACAGAGUUGCCCAGCAUCCAUCUCCAAGCCACAGAGGUGCCCGACAUCCAGCUACAGGCCAUGGAGGUGGCCAACAUCCAGCUGCAGACCACAGAGGUGCCCAAUGUCCAUCUUGACACCACUGAGGUGCCCGAUGUCCAUCUUGAAACCACUGAGGUGCCCGACGUCCAUCUUGAAGCCACAGAGGUGCCCGGUGUCCAUCUCCAGACCACGAAGGUGACCAAUGUCCACCUGCAGGCCACUGAGGUGACCAAUGUCCAUCACCAAACCAUGGAGGUGCCCAGUGUCCAUCUCCAGGCUGCAGAGGUGCCCAGCGUCCAUGUCCAGGAUGCAGAGGUAACCGCUGUCCAGCUGCAAGCCACCGAGGUGCCCAGCAUCCAUCCCCAAACCACGGAGGUGACAAAUGUCCAUCUCCAGGAUGCAGAGGUGCCCACUGUGUGUCACCAAACCACUGAGGUGCCCAGUGUCCAUCUCCAAGUCACAGAGGUGCCCAGUGUCCAUCUCCAGACCACGGAGAUGACCAAUGUCCAUCUCCAAGACACCGAGGUGUCCAGUGUCCAUCACCAAAUGAUGGAGGUGCCCAACAUCCAUCUCAAGAUCACGGAGGUGCCCAACAUCCAACUGAAGACAAUGGAGGUGACAAAUGUCCAUCUCCAGGCCACUGAGGUGCCCAGCGCCUGUCACCAAGUGUUGGAGGUGCCCAGCGUCCAACUCAAGACCACAGAGGGGCCUAACAUGCAUCUCAAGACCACGGAGGAGAUGCCCAACGUCCAACUCAAGACCUUGGAGAUGCCCAACGUCCAACUCAAGCCCACGGAGGUGACCAAUGUCCAUCUCCAGGCCGCAGAGGUGCCCAACGUCCAGCCGCAGCCCCCCGAGGUGCUUGUGGCGGGGGGGGGCCCGUCCCCCUCCCCGUCCCCACAGCUGGCGGUGGUGGGGGCAGCCGGGGGGCUGCCCCCCGUCCUGCUGCUACGGGGGAGUGGGGGGGGACCUGCCCGCCUCUGCCUGCAGGCGCUGGCCCAGCUCCCCCCCCCCCGGCCCCCCCCCGAAUCCUCCUAGUCCGGGGUGACCCAGUGCCGGCGAGCAGCGGUGGGGGGCAGCCCCCCACCCCAGCCCGGGGUGUGCCCGGGGGUGGCAGUAGUGGGGGGGGGACAGGGACGGGCCCCCCUGCCCCAGAGCUGCCCAAUGUCCCUCUGGUUCACACCUUCUGAGGGGGGGGGGACCCCCCAAGACCCCCCCCUGCAGAGCCAGAGCUGGGGGGGGGGGCGCUCAGCCCCGGGGUCUCACUGAUGCACAUCUUCUGGGGGGAGGGGGCCGGACCCCCGGGACCCCCAGGAUGCCACAGGACCCCCCAGGGCCCCCCCAAAGGCACCCAGGACCCCCCACCCAGGAUGCCCCGUGGCCCCCCCAGCCACCCCUGUGGAACCGGUGCUGGGGGGGGGGGGGGUCGUAGCCUUGGAGUCCCGGGAGGGGGUCGGCCCCCC